AUGUGCUUGGCUGACCGGCAGACGGGCGGAGGCGGGCAGAAGGGGGACGAGGAGGGACGAGGCGAGGGGGCGGAGGGGGAGGAGGGAAAGCGGAGAGAGAAUCGUAGCGGUGUUGAGGCGGAGGUGAAGGGAGGCAGAGCAGAGUCGGUGUGUGGUGGAGCGAUGAGAGGGUCAAGCAGCAGUGCAGGCGGGCAUGACGGCGGCAAUGAGGGCGGCAAUGAGGGCGGCAAUGAGGGCGGCAAUGAGGGCGGCAAUGAGGGCGGCAAUGAGGGCGGCAAUGAGGGCGGCAAUGAGGGCGGCAAUGAGGGCGGCAAUGAGGGCGGCAAUGAGGGCGGCAAUGAGGGCGGCAAUGGGGACAGCAAUGGGGUGGAUGCGAGGGGCAAGGGCAGGAAGAGGGGUGGUGAUGGCAAUGGUGUGGAGAGCGGUGGGAAGAGGCGGAGAGGGGAUGGGGACGAGGGGAAGCAUGCGUCCUCCUCGCCGUGCCCCGGUGUGCGCCUCUCCUUCCCCCUACCCUCCUCCGUGCCAACCGCCCAUCGCUCUCUCUCCCUGCCAUUCGCGCUCAGUGCCACGUCAGCAGCAUCUGACGUGGACGCCAUCCUGAUCUCGAGCCCCGAGGGCCUUUUGGGCGUGCCUCUGCUGCUGCGCCAUCACCGCCAGCACCACGCCCACCGCCCUCCCCCCAAGGUGGUGUGCACGGAGGCUGCUCUGCGCAUCGCCAGGCUGGCGGCCAAAGAGAGGGCGGCACUGGUGCAGGGGAGGGGCGUGCUGGUGGAGGGUGCAGACGACGCACGUGCAUCCCUGAGCAGCGAGAGUGAGGAACUAGCAUGGCUAACGGGAGUGAGGGGGGUGAGGUGGGGGGAGAGGGUGGGUGUGGGCCCAGGCGUCACAGCCACUGCAGCUGCCUCGGGUGGUCCUCUUGGCUCUGCCUCCUGGUCACUCCUUCACUCCGCCCACUCGCCUUCCGACACCACGCACACCUCCCACCCGCACACGACUCUCUCUGCCUCAUAUCCCUCCUCUCAAGAACCGCUCUCAUCCAUCUCGCACCCUUCGUCUGACCCUUCUGCCUCUCCCUUCGCCUCUCACUCCGCACCUUCCGCCUCUCCCCCCCUCAACUGCUGCCACCUCGCCCUCCUCUUCCCACCGCUGCCUUGCACCACUCUUGCCGCUCCACAACAGCUGGAGCCAAUAAGAGAUUGCCACGUGGCAGCUCUGUGCGGGCCCACGUCAAUCAGCUCUGCUGACAGCCACACACGGACAGCAGACGGCAAGGAGGGGAGGAAGCCAAGGGUGGGGGGUGCGGAGCAGGGAAAGGGGCAUGAGAGCAGCGUGUUGAGUGGGGGAGGGAUGGGCGACGAGGUGGGAAUGCAGGGCGGAUGGAAAGGCAGAGGUGGCGGGACGGAGAGCGAGCCGCUCCGUGAGUCCACAAGCAGAAAGAGUGCUGUGGAUGGUGUGGGUUGCAGUGCGGUGUGUGACGGUAUCGAGGGCAUUGAAGGCGUUGUGCGGGUGAUUGCAGGGCGGGUGGCGCAGGGAGGGCGAGUGGUGGUGCCGUGCUCCCCGCUGGGCCCCUCCCUGGACCAUGGGGGUGCGCAUGGUGGAGCUGCCAGGAGCCGUGGUGUUCCUGCCGCCAGCCUGCGCGCCCACCAUGCUGCACAGCGAGGAGCGGCCAGGCGAGGAGCGGUGGGACAAGGGCGGCCGUGGGAGGCCGAAAGCACGGAGGAGGCCGCAGGGCUGUCCGUGGAACCACGACUUGUGGUGACCGCCCUCUCCUCCCCCUCUGCCCUCUCCACCCUCUCCUCCCCCUCUGCCCUCUCCACCCUCUCCUCCCCCUCUGCCCUCUCCACCCUCUCCUCCCCCUCUGCCCUCUCCUCCCCCUCUGCCCUCUCCUCCCCCUCCGCCCUCUCCUCCCCCUCUGCCCUCUCCUCCCCCUCUGCCCUCUCCUCCCCCUCCGCCCUCUCCUCCCCCUCCGCCCUCUCCUCCCCCUCCUCCCUAUCCUCCGCCUCCUCCCUCUCCUCCCCCUCCUCCCUCUCCUCCCCCUCCUCCCUCUCCUCCCCCUCCUCCCUCUCCUCCCCCUCCUCCCUCUCCUCCCCCUCCUCCCUCUCCUCCCCCUCCUCCCUCUCCUCCCCCUCCUCCCUCUCCUCCCCCUCCUCCCUCUCCUCCCCCUCCUCCCUCUCCUCCCCCUCCUCCCACUCCUCCCCCUCUCCCCACUCCUCCCCCUCUCCCCUCUCCUCCCCCUCCUCCCACUGCUCCCUCUCCUCCCACUGCUCCCUCUCCUCCCUCUCCUCCUUCUCUUCAGACUCCCACCAACGAGCUCUCCUCACCACCCACCCCACCAACCCUCUUUCUUCCCCUUCAUUUUUUUCACCUGGCGACCAUUCCAACCUUCCAGGAACCUUCUCCACGGCCCGUGCGUUGUGUUUGCCGCCCACUCCACACUGCGUGCGGUCAAGCACACUGCUGCCACGGGCUCCUGGUGUAGCUGUUACGGCCCACAUGCCACGGGAUACUACUGCGGCAGGAGGCACGCCCAUUGCAACGACUGGGGCACUCAAGGCUGUGCCUGCGGGGCAUGGGGGGCACGUGGAGGAUGGGGAGGGAGCAGGUGGGGAUGGAAGAGGAGGCGUGGCGGUGGGCGGGUCAGGCAGUGUGAGGGAGCUCAUCAACAGCAUGCCACGGCUGCAGCAUCUCAUAUUCCCUUCCACUUCCUCUCCCUCUGCCCCUCUCCUUUCUUUCCGCCGCACUCCUUUCUCUGUGCCGCUCUCCCUCCUUACUCACCGCCCCUCUCCUUACUCACCGCCCCUCUCCUUACUCACCGCCCCUCUCCUGUCUCUUCCUCCCUCUCCUCUCUCUCCCGCCUUCUCCUCUCUCUCCCCCCCUCUCCUCUCUCUCCCCCCCUUUCCUCUCUCUCCCCCCCUUGUAUUUCUCUCCCCCUUCUCCUUCCCCACCGCCCCUCUCCACAGGUCCCAGAGGCCCUCCACGCCCACCUCACUGCAGGCCUCCCAGCAUCCAUCGCUGUGCACCUUCUCAGCACCGCCAGCUGCCACCAUCCCCAUUAAGCACCAUGCGCUCAUCACGCUCACUGCCAUCCGUCUUGGAACCCACUGGGGCGAUCCCUAG